AUGAGAAUGAAACAAAUCAUUUGUAUUUGUACUAAAUCUGCACCGAAUUAUAAUCAAUAUUUAGAACAAUUUGGUUAUACACAAUCUGAUCAUACAUCUAAACUUGAAAGUCGACUCUUUUCACCUUCGGGUAAACCAUCGGCUAAUGAAGGUAUUAAAAAAUUUCAACGUCUUUUUAAAUUACCAGAAACGGGUAUACUUGAUGAACAAACUAAAAAACUUAUGCAACGACCACGUUGUGGAAAUCCAGAUAUAGGUAUUCUUAAUGUUAAAAAACAAUCUAGUAAUGAUGGUAAACUUAAACCUUUACUAUUAAAUCAAGGACGAUUAACUAAUAUGAAUACAGCUGAAAGUUAUGUAACACAUGAAAAAAGUUGGCCAAUAAAACAUUUAAAAUGGUUUAUCGAAGAAUAUCCAAAACAACAAAAACAUAUAACAUCACAAGAUGAUAUUCGUCGUAUAAUAAAUCAAGCAUUUCAUGAUUGGGAAAAAUAUUCUGGACUUACAUUUGAAAUGGCUAAAACAAAAGAAACAGCUAAUUUUAAUAUCAAAUUUUCUUCAAAAGAUCAUAAUGAUGGAUAUCCAUUUGAUGGUCAAGGUAUAACAUUAGCACAUGCUUUCUAUCCAAAAAGUGGUGAUAUACAUUUUGAUGAUGAUGAAUAUUUUACAGAUGAUUAUACAAAUCAAAAUGAUCAAUAUACAUUAAGACUUGUUGCUGCACAUGAAAUAGGUCAUGCACUUGGUUUAUCACAUUCAUUUGCUGAAGAUUCUCUUAUGUUUCCUGUUUAUCAACAAUUUAAUUCAGAUUAUAGUAUAUCAAAGGAUGAUCAAGAUGGUAUUCAAAGUUUAUAUGGUAAAUCAGAUGAGAAAAUAACAACAACAACAACAACAAAAACAACUUUAUCACCAAUGACGUCAACCCGUUCUCCUGAUAUAUUACCAAUGAAUAAUUGGUGUUCAGGAGAUUUUCAAACAGGUUGUGAAGGUCCUGAUGGUGAUCUUUAUUUAUUUAAAAAUACUCAUCUAUGGAGAUAUCGUGCACGAACAAAACAAGGAUGGGAUCCUCAACCAACAUUAAUUAGUCAACGUUUUCCACAUUUAAAAGAUAAAACAAUAACAGCUUGUGUUAAAUCUGUAACUGGUUAUGUAUAUUUUUUUCAUAAUUAUGAUCUAUGGAAAGCUAGAACACAUUGGUCUAUGGAAGGACCACAUCGAUUACGUGGAAAAAAUUAUCCACAAAAUUCUCAUGUUGCCUUAUUUCAUAAUAAUUCAAUAUAUUUAUUACAAAAUGAUAUAGCUUAUUCUUUAAAUGAAUUUAAUUAUAAUAGAGAAUUAGGUAUACAUCCUAUUACGACAAUACUUGAUUCACCACCAAAAGAAUCAAUUCAUUCAGGUUUUACAUAUGGUGAACGACAUUAUAUAUUUACAAGAAAUCAUGUUUAUGUUUAUAAUUCAAUAUAUGGAAAUUUAUUAGAUGGUUAUCCAAAAUCAUUAACAAAUGGCUGGUUUGCAUGUGAUCCAACAUUACAAAUACAAAAAUUAAACAAGAAAACAACAAAAGAAUAUAAUAGAAAUAAUGAACGAGACAACUAUCAUGAUCGUCAUCGUCAUCAUGAUCAUGAUCAUAAUCGUCAUUAUGGGCGAAGACGGCUAUUUCCUCCUAAUCAUCAUGGAGAUCGUCAUCAACGUCCAUGGAAUGAUUAA